AUGCUUUUACUCUUUUUCACACAAGUUCAUAUGAAGUUUUUCUUUCUUUCGUGCCGCUAUAUUCUUACUUUCCUCAUUUCUUUCUUUCUUUUUCAUUCUUUUUCGUUCUUUUUUCUUUCUUUCUUUCUUUUUAAAUCAUUUUUGACACUUUUUUCAUCCCAAUUCAGUAAUUCGUUUGUUGCUUUUAAAAUUUUCUUUCUUUUUCUUCAUUCUAACAAUUCUUUCUUUUCCUUUCGUUUUUUCUUUUUCUUUCUUUCUUUCUUUUCUUUUCGUUAUUUCUUUUUCUUUCUCUCUUUCUUUUCCUUUCGUUCUUUUUUUCUUUCUUUCUUGCUUUCUUUUCCUUUCUUUCUAUCUUUCAUAUUUUCUUUCAUUUUUUCUCCCAUUUUUUCUUUCUUUUCAUUACUCGAUUUUCGCUCAUUUCCCCCAACUGUCUGUCGCGUCUUUACUUCAGAUCAAUCUCCAUUCCAUUGUUGUUCGUUUUCUCUGUGUUUUGUCAUUUCAUUCUUUGCUUAUUCAGCAUCCUUGAUCCAAAGUACAUCCUAUCCACUUCUUUCCUUUUCUUUUUCUUUCUUACUUUCCUGUAUUCCUUCCUUCUUUUCUUUCUUUUUAAUUUCUUUCUUUCUUUCUUUCUUUCUUUCUUUCUUUCUUUCUUUCUUUCUUUCCAAACUGAUCACUGUUCAUAGUUUCACUCAUUUGUUCGAGUUUCAUGUUAAUCAUUUUACUGCUGAUAAUUUCAACCUCCAGCCGCAACCUAAUUCAUUACGAGAUUUCAUCGCCUUUUUUAUUCUUCUAUUGUUUUCUCUCAAUAUUCGAUUAGUUUUAUCCAACUCCCUUAAAUAUACAUUCUUACUAAAUCUUUCCUUCCUUCCUUUGUUUAUUUGUUUGUUCCUUUCUUUCUUUCUUUCUUUCUUUCUUUCUUUCUUUCUUAUGUGGUUUUUCCAAUUCCUCAUUACUCUUUCUUUUUAG